GACUGGCGUCUCGGUCUACGCGCACGCACCUCGCUGCUCAAGGAGUGUCCCAUCAUUGUUUGAACAGCUGGUUAAUCGACCGUGCUUAUUGCGCCAUCAGUGACAUUGAUAUUUUUCAAGUAAGAUUUCAGUGAGUUGUUCUGGCUAAGACAAGUUGGAAAAUUUGAAAAUAUGGGAUCUUUAUCGAUGUUUCUGUCGCUCGCAGCCGUGUUCAUCAUAACUACAGACCGAGUUGACGGUAUCGGGUACAGCCGUUGUCCGCCACCGUCAAAAGUGCAGUACACAAAGGACAGCUGUCGUGACGAUUAUGACUGCAAACAUGGUAAAGUGUGCUGUAUGGGCGUCGCCGGUCAGAAAGUGUGUACGGAGUCUGGUGGCAUGCAGUACGACCGCUAUUCCUCGGGCGCUCGCAAUGAAUACUGCGGCGGGCGCAAAUGCACUCUAAACGAGGAGUGCCGUGAGGACCCGCGUACGCGCAUGAAGAUCUGCGUACAGAAGGGCAAGCGGUUCGUUUAGCACGCAACUGUGCGCGCGCGCAUAUUUCUAAGCUGCUUUGACAUCUGGUGCGGACACGAGUGUUGUCAGUUCAGUGCUUUAUUUACGAAUUCCGUCAUCAUAAAUGUUACCAGAUAGCAAUUGCGAGACUUUUCUUUUGUAAAAUUUUGCCUUUAUGAACUUUUUAUGUACAAUGUACUUUGUGUUGCGAUCAUGGUUUUAACCGUAUUUAACUAUAACUGUUUAAUAAGAAAUGUUUUUGUUUAUGCCAUAACUAAUUCAUGUUAAAUAGUAAUGUACUCGUAAGUAGA